CAUGCCGAAAUUUGAUCCAUGUGAGAAAAACCGAGGCCGGUUGAACAGUCCAGUUUCCUGCAUCAAUGGAGAGAACAAGAUCCUGCCUGAGUUUGAAGUGUUUCAUGAAGCAACACCUCGGGCCCCCAUGCCUACUGAUGAAAAUCUCAUUGUGAUGAAUAUUAACAUGUAUGACAAUAUGAACAAGCUUGCCCAUCACACUGAUGCAUACAGUCUCAGCAAACUGAUCAUCCGUCGGGGUCAAGAGUUCAUCAUGGGCAUCGUCUUCAAUCGCCCAUUUAACCCAAAAAAGGACUUGUUUUUUAUUGAGUUCCUGAUUGGCAAUAACCCCAUCAGUACCCAAAAGACUUUAAUCAGUAUAACCUAUGGUGGAAAUAACCAGACCAAUGAUUGGAAUGCCCGUGUGGUGGAGACCAUAAAAACUGAGAUUAAGAUGGGCAUCACACCAGCUGCUGACUGCAUUGUGGGUCUGUACAGCACCUAUGUGGGUGUUAUAACCAAUUCUGGAAAACAACGCUCUCAAAGAAAUGAGAAGACAGACUUCUACGUGCUGUUCAACCCCUGGGCACCUAUGGAUCAGGUUUACCUGAGCAAUGAGGAAGAGAGGCAGGAGUAUGUGCUGAAUGAUGUGGGAAUGAUCUACAAUGGAGACUAUAAUAAUAUUGGCAGACGACCGUGGAACUAUGGGCAGUUUCAGAGUGGAAUUCUGGAAGCUUGCAUCUUCAUCCUGGAUUUUGGGAGAAUGCCCCUCCAGUACAGAGGAGAUGCUAUAAAAGUGGUUCGGAAAGCCUCAUCCAUGAUUAACUCACUGGAUGAUGAUGGGGUCCUAGUAGGUAGCUGGGGUGGAGACUUCAGCCUUGGUACUGCGCCCACAGCCUGGACAGGCAGUGUAGAGAUUCUGCGCAAGUAUUUUUCGGAAGGUGGACUGCCUGUCAAGUAUGGCCAGUGUUGGGUGUAUGCUGGAGUGUUCAACACUUUCCUACGGUGCCUUGGCCUUCCUGGGAGGGUGAUUACCAACUACUGCUCUGCACAUGACAACAGUGGCAACCUGAAGACUGACAUUGUGCUGGACGAGGAUGGCAGUCUGGACAGACAGGUCUCAGACACCAUCUGGAACUUUCACUGCUGGAACGAGGUGUUUUUUAAGAGGACUGACAUGCCAGAAAACUACUCAGGCUGGCAGGUGGUGGACUCCACUCCUCAGGAGAUCAGUGAGGGUUAUUACCGUUGUGGUCCUGCAGCUGUGAUAGCCAUCAAAGGUCAAACUCUCGGCUAUUCGUUUGAUGCAGGCUUUGUUUUUUCUGAGGUCAACAGUGAUGUGGUUUACUAUAAAAGAGACAAGUACGGAAACAUGAAUGUCAUCUAUGUGGACCGCACCUAUGUAGGAAAGUUGGUUGUGACCAAAAUGAUUGGCUCCAAUGAUCAUAACAACAUCACAGACUCUUACAAAUAUGAUAAGAGAGUGUCACGACGGCAGAUACAGACGCAACUGAAAGACGCCAGUGUUUUGGAUUCCAUACUGGCAGGCAGUGAUGUGCAGCUGUACACGCAGGCCACCAAAAACAACAAGGACAUAAUGUUAACCAUGACCUUUAACAACCUGAGCAAGGGACCACGCACCAUCACCUGCAAAAUCACGGGCAAGGUGGAAUACUACACUGGAGCCACUCGGACCCAGUUCAUGUUUCUCACCCAUGAGGUGGCUCUGCAGCCUUUGGAAUCUAAGCAGGAGGUCAUCAUAGUAACAGCAGAUGAGUACAAGAACUUCAUCAUAGGCCAGUCUUUCCUCUGCUUCGUUGUGUACGCCUUCAUCCACGAGACCAACAUGUCCCUCAUCGGCAUGGAAUCGAUCCAUCUGGACACCCCUUCCCUUCUACUUGAGGUGAGCAAAUUCUCUCAGGUUGGAAAGGAUAUGUUUGCGAUCGUGGGCUUCACCAACACACUUGGCUACGACCUGACCAAUGUCACUGUGCGCAUGGAGGGAAUAAACCUCUUUCCUGUGAAAACCAAAACGUACAGCAUCAUUCAACAAGGUUCUAAAAUAAAAUGGAUUGAGUCCUUCAAGCCUCAGCAGGCCGGCACCAAGAUGCUGGUGGCCUGCUUGGAUUGUGCCACUCUGAGAGAUGUGUGUGGACACCUGGAAAUCGUCGUACAUCCUGGACACAACUAAGCAGGAAGAUGCACACACAGAAAGAGAGAGAGAGAGAGAGAGAGAGAGAGAGAGAGAGAGAGACCCAAUGCAUUUUCUUUCUUUUUUGCUCAUCUAAUCACAAUAUUAUAGAUUUGUAUUGAUCUAAAUGAAUAUCAUACCAAUUACAUGUGGAGAUUGCUUACAGAAUCUUUCAGAAAUAAUGAUAGUGAUUCAGAAAAGUCUGCAUAGUUACAUUUAAUUUGUUAUGACACCCAAUUAAGUAAAUUAUUA